AUGUCCUACACACGGGAUAACAACAAUAACCCUGGCGUGCAGGGGAUUCCAUACUACACACCCGAACAUGCCGUAACACCUGGCAUACCAAAUGCAAAGAACACGACUCCAGUACCAACGCUCUUCAAGCCUCUCACUAUUCGCGGCGCCACUCUACGCAACCGCAUUCUGGUCGCGCCCAUGUGUCAGUACUCAACUGCUGCAAUUGGACCAGAGACUGGCGCCUUGACAGACUACCACAUCGCAACGCUUGGGCACUACGCACUGAAAGGCGCCUCCCUAGUCUUUAUUGAAGCAACAGGUGUUCAACCCAAUGGCCGCAUUUCUCCCAAUUGCCCAGGGCUGUGGUCUGAUGCGCAGAUCCCUGCACUAAGGAGAGUGAGCGACUUCAUCAAGAGCCAAGGCGCGCUGAGUGGAAUUCAGCUCGCGCACGCGGGACGCAAGGGGAGUACUGCAGCUCCAUGGACCACCUCCUCCAAGCCUGGAUCUAAGAUAAGUAAAAGAGCUGGAGCGGAGAUUGGAGGGUGGCCUGCCGACGUCGUAGGUCCUAUGGGCGGAGAGGAGUGGACGUGGGAUGGAAUCCCAAGUACUGAUGAGACGGGUGGUUUCUGGGCGCCGCGAGCACUGACCGAGGAGGACAUCUCACAGGUGGUACAGGACUGGGCGAGCGCAGCGGCAAGAGCAGUCAAAGCGGGAGUAAAUGUCAUCGAGAUCCACGGCGCGCAUGGAUAUCUCGUGCACCAAUUCCUCUCUCCGAUCUCGAACCGGAGGACGGACAAGUACGGCGGUAGUUUUGACAACCGAACGCGCCUACUGAUUGAAAUAUUAACGGCGAUAAGAAAGGUCGUUCCAGAGACAAUGCCACUUUUCCUCCGCAUCAGCGCUACAGAGUGGCACGAAAACAGCGAGUUGGGCAAGCAGUACGGGAGCUGGGAUGUCGAAAGCACCAUUCGCCUUGCGAAACUGCUUCCGGAACUUGGGGUCGAUCUUCUGGACGUUAGCAGCGCGGGUAACAACCCGCAAGCGAAGAUCCCCAUGCAUAACAACUACCAAGUGGCGAUUGCGGACCGUGUUCGCGCUGCUGUCAAAGCAGACGGCAAGCAGCUUCUCAUUGGUGCCGUGGGCCUUAUCACGGAAGCCGAGCAAGCUCGCGACAUCCUCGAGGAAGGCGGUGCUACUCGUGCUGGUAAUGGAGUGGAUGGAGGAAACUCGGAUCUUGACCAGGAAGCAAAAGCCGUGGUAGAGAUGACGGAGAAGCUGAGCGGAGGGGACCCUAUGGCUGAUGUUGUUUUGGUCGCGCGUCAGUUUAUGCGCGAGCCCGAGUGGGUGUUGAAAGUAGCGCACCAGCUUGGGUUGGAUAUCGCAUGGCCGAGCCAGUUCCUACGUGUGAGGUUCCCGAAAUUGUGA